AUGCGCCCCUCCACCGCCGGCGCGUCGUCCUCGGCGCCCGUUGCCCACAACGCCGUUCCGCCUCCACCCACAGUCUCCGCCGGCCGCUCCUCGCGCAUUGCCCCCCACUCCCACAUAAAAGGCCUCGGGCUCAACUCGGAAGGCUUCGCUGCAUCAGACAGCGCGGGUUUCGUCGGCCAGAACCCCGCGCGAGAGGCAUGUGGGGUCGUGGUGGACCUCAUCAAGUCGCGCAAGUUCUCUGGCCGGGCAUUGCUGCUGGUGGGCCCUCCAGGGACCGGGAAGACCGCGCUCGCGCUCGCGAUAUCCCAGGAAUUGGGCUCGAAGGUCCCGUUCUGCCCGAUGGUCGGCUCGGAGGUGUACUCGACGGAAGUGAAAAAGACGGAGAUUUUGGCUGAGGCGUUCCGCCGGGCAAUCGGUCUACGGAUAAAGGAGACGAAGGAGGUUUACGAAGGAGAGGUCACGGAGCUGACGCCAACGGAGUCCGAGAACCCUUUGAGUGGGUACGGGAAGACCGUUUCGCACGUCGUCGUCGGGCUCAAAACGGUGCGGGGGACGAAGCAACUGCGCUUGGACCCCACGAUCUAUGAAGCCAUUUUGAAGGAGAAGAUUCAGAUUGGGGACGUGAUCUAUGUCGAAGCAAAUACUGGUGCGGUGAAGCGCGUUGGCCGAUCCGACGCGUAUGCGUCGUCUUACGACUUGGAAUCCGAAACCUACGUCCCCCUACCCAAAGGCGACGUGCACAAAAAGAAGGAGCUUGUACAAGACGUGACGCUGGGAGAUCUGGAUGCUGCGAACGCUCGACCACAAGGAGGGCAAGACAUCAUGAGCGUGAUGGGCAAUCUCGUGAAAAGCGGUCGGACAGAAAUCACGGAGAAGCUGCGGCGAGAGGUGAACCGAGUGGUGAAGGGAUACGUUGACCAGGGUGUAGCGGAGGUCGUCCCUGGUGUAGUGUUCAUCGACGAGGUCCACAUGCUAGACAUAGAGUGCUUCACAUAUCUUAAUGCUCUACUAGAAUCACCCAUGGCUCCCACCGUGGUGCUUGCCACGAACCGUGGCCACACUCUUGUGCGUGGCACGACAGACAUCUAUUCAGCGCACGGCAUACCAGUGGACCUGCUUGACCGCUGUUUGAUCGUGAAAACGAUGCCGUACAACCAAGACGCCAUUGCGAAGGUGCUUCAACUGCGUGCCAACAUCGAAGGCUUGAAGCUUGGAGAGGGCGUUCUAGACCGGCUUGCCGCCAAGGGUUCUGACAGCUCGUUGCGGUACGCAUUGCAACUCUUGUCACCUGCAGCGAUCUUGGCCAAACUGGCCGGACGAGCCGAGGUCCAACUCGAAGAUAUCAACGAGAUGGGCGAGCUUUUCCUGGAUGCAAGGUCAAGCGCGAACAUCAUCAGACGGCACGAGGAGGGUACGAGCGAGAAGCAGGGCGAGGCGUAG